AUGUCUUCUGAUAAACAACAAAAGCAAUCAAAGAACAUCAAAGGUGUUGGACCUUCAAAGAGUUCUACUUCCCAGAAUAUUCCAACCAGCACAACCAUCACUGUUGGGGACCGAGAAUACAUCACUGCUCCAAAACUUUUGAAAGAACAGAAAGCAAUUUUUGCUUCUCAGGUAAUGGUUCCUUCCCUUCUUUCUGGAAAUGCUUUAGGGUUUCUAGUCCCAUUAGUAUCUGAAGAACAUUUAGAGAAGUGUGCUCAAUUUUUUCCUUGUCACCAUACUACUAAACCCAUAGCCAACAAAACCCUUUCUUCUAAAGAUAAUGAGGAUCUAAACCAGAGAGAGGCUUUUCAACUGGACUUUAUCACUGAUAGUUUCAGACCCUUUCGGUCUUGUCCAACUCUAGACAAAUCCUAUCUCGCUUGGUUAACAAAAGUUGAGAAGAAGAAAGCCCCACUUUGGAAAGAGUUGGGUAUUUUUGACCUAAUCCAGAUAUCGAAGCUGGGAUUUAGUUACUGUCAGCCUUUAUUUCUCUCCAGCCUAUAUUUCUGGGAUAAUACCUAUAACACCUUUCAUCUUCCUCGUGGAAUGAUGACUCCCACACUUUUCGACGUAGCUGCCAUUGCUGGACUUCCUCCGACAGGAGAGACCUUCGACCCCUACCAAGACUGUGAAAACUUGAUUGACUUCAAUGUUAAGAACGCUUCAUUUAGUACUUACAUUAAUCUAUAUCACGCUGAUGGGGAAGAAGUUUCUGAUAUAGAACAUAUAGCAUUCUUAGGUCUAUGGUUGUCCAAAUUCUUCUUUUGCUGCAAAUCUCUACAAGUUGCUAAGAGAUUUUUAACGCUCGCUAACCAAUUGCAUGUUGGUCGAAAAGUGUGUUUGAGUGAACUCUUAUUGGCUACUUUGUACGAAAGUCUAGGAUCAGCUAGUGCUAAGCUAAAGGAAUACGAAGCUGGCACCAAUCUAUUACUAUCUGGGCCUUAUUGGCUUCUUCAAUUGUGCCUUAAUGCCACUUUCGAAUCCCUUUUUCCAACACGAGGAAACGUCGAAGAAGAUGCCCCAGAGAUAAUGAAUCGAAGCAUUGAGGGCACCAAACUCCUUCGACUAACUCCAGUUGAUGAUGUUGAUAACUUACAAACUUCCCUCACCAAAUACACCUUGAUGUUCUCGAAGCGUCAUCAUUUCCUUCCUUCGAUGGCUCCUUUUGCCAGUCGAACGCAUGGUCCUUCCUGGUUUACUGCCUCGCUCGAAGACGCUGUGAAAAAUACCAACACAGAGAUCGAAGACAUAUGGCGUGCCUUUCUCCUUCCAAGGCUACUUGUUUCUAGGAUUCUGCCAGUAAAGAGUCAUGUGUGUCUAUUGGCUUAUCAGCCUAAUUCUGUCUCUCGACAAUUUGGGUUGUGUCAACUUAUCCCUUUCUCUUUAUUCAAACGAGAGCGCGAGAUCUACUAUGCAGGGACUGAAUGGAGCGCUGGAGACAUUACCGUCCACAAAGAAUUCCAUGCCAAUUUUGCCGAAUUCCAAUUAAUAGCCUUCCAACCGCCGUUCUAUUCCACCAAUGGUUUCGCCACUUGGUGGACAGAUUUCUAUUCCAAGAAUAUGUUUUCGACUGCUGAAAUCAAAGAAUGUCUAACGAAGGCUUUUUCAUCUUUGUAG